ACAAGACCCGGUUAAACCCUCCCUCCCUCUUCCCUUCCUCCGCGAGACCCACGAGAACUCACCCGCCGCCGCCGCAGCGCCUUCCGGCUCAAGCCCCAGUUUCCCACCCAUGGCGAAGAAGAGGAAGCGUAGCUCCGAUGCUACCGCCCCUGCCGCCGUACCGAAGCCCGACGACUCUGCGCCGGAGCGGCCGGAGCGCACCCUCUUCGGGUUCAAGGACGACUCCGCCGCCGAGCCUGCUUCUAAGGACGGCGGCCCCGUGGGGCCCUUCUUCCGGAACAAGGAGAAGGUGCUCAUUACGUGCUCCCGCCGCAUAGUCUACAGGUACCGGCAUCUGAUGCAGAACAUGGUGUCGCUGCUGCCGCACGCCAAGAAGGAUAGCAAGGUGGAGGCGAAGCAGAGCAAGGGCAGCGCGCUGAACGAGCUGGUCGAGCUCAGGAGCUGCUCGAGCUGCCUCUUCUUCGAGUGUAGAAAAUCAAAAGAUCUUUACCUUUGGAUGGUGAAGUCUCCAGCAGGGCCAUCAGUGAAAUUUCUAGUCAAUGCCGUUCACACUAUGGAGGAACUGAAGCUCACUGGUAACCAUCUGAAAGGGUCACGUCCUCUGCUAACAUUUUCAUCAAAUUUUGAUCAGCAACCUCACUGGAAGCUCUUGAAGGAAAUGAUAACUCAAAUUUUUGCUACCCCAAAGGAUCAUCGGAAAGCAAAACCUUUUCAUGAUCAUGUGUUUGUCUUCUCCAUUGUGGAUGACCACAUUUGGUUCAGAAAUUACCAGAUUUCCGUGCCCCACAACGAGAUUGACAAAGUUGAUAAAGGAGGCUUGGAUAAAAUGACACUUGUUGAGGUUGGCCCCAGGUUCUGUUUGAAUCCAAUCAAAAUAUUUGGUGGUAGUUUUGGUGGCCCUGUGUUGUAUGAGAACCCAUUCUAUGUGUCUCCCAAUCAGAUCCGCGCACUAGAGAAGCGGAAGAAGGCAGGGAAGUACGCCACGAAGGUGAAGGCCAAGGUGAGGAGGAAGAUGCAUGAGAUGGAGAACACCCUGGAGCCCGAUGAGUUCGCUGAUCUUUGGAAAGGAGAAGACUAGUGCGGCAGCAGCGAUUGUACCAAUGAGAUAGACCUCGUCAAACAAAGGAUUGAACUACUCGCUCUCUCUACCACCAAGCAGUGAAUUUUGCUUACCAUUCUGUGGUAGCUCUUGUAUGACAAAGCAUGCGUUUGCUAUUAUUUACAACAUCUGGAUUUCGGUGCUACUCGUAUACAUCUUGCUUGCCUCUGUC